CAGCCUGUAUUAAUGCAGUUAUGAAAAUGCCUCAUUCUAUUUUUGCACACCUCAUUUAUCCAAUCAGAUAUUUUUUUUUUUUUUAGCUAGUGUCAUAAAUACAAUACAUGUAGUCAGUCUCCUACGCACAUGAAUACGGAGUUUUCCUUUAAGAGACCAAGAACGCAUACUGUACCUACACAGUAACUUGUUCUUUCAGUUGUUAUCGCUGUCUAGCUGAGUAAGGGUACUGUCUCUCUUGGCACUUUUUGUCUGCAUAGCUUCAGCACUAUUACGUGAUGGAUUCGCUGCCACAGCACAACCUACAGCCGGUGAAGUUGUACGUAUAUGACCUCUCAAAGGGGCUGGCUCGUCGUUUGAGCCCAAUUAUGCUGGGAAAGCAACUGGAGGGAAUAUGGCACACUUCAGUUGUACUUUAUGAAGAGGAGUUUUACUUUGGAGGUGCUGGAAUAUCUAGCUGUCCCCCUGGAGGCACACUGCUGGGCCCCCCAGACUCUGUUGUUGACUUGGGGAGUACAGAGGUGACGGAGGACAUCUUCAUGGAUUACCUUACUUCUCUUGGAGAGUCAUCAUUUCGUGCAGAAAGUUACAAUUUAUUUGAACACAACUGCAACACUUUCAGUAAUGAGGUUGCACAGUUUUUGACUGGCAGGAAAAUUCCCUCGUAUAUCACAGACUUGCCUUCUGAAGUUCUCUCCACGCCCUUUGGACAGGCUCUGAGACCAAUACUGGACUCUAUACAGAUCCAGCCUCCAGGUGGAAAUACCUUCAGUGGACACAAUGGGCAAAGUUAACAGAGUUAAGAUACACAGCAGUAGCAGUCUUCUGUCUUAAUGGCCACAGCCAACUUCACAAAUGAUAUACUGCUUUAGGCAGUAUUUUAAUAUCUGAUGUUAUUCCUUUUUCAUAUGUGAUAUACUGAAGUUUUGAGUAACAGUCUCUCAUAAAUGCUAAGGAGUGUCCAGUUAGAAUUAUAUUAAUAUGAUAAUUAUUACUGGCAUCCUGCUGAAAUAUGCUUUUCUUACUGACAUUUCUGUCUAGAUUGAUGUCAGAAAUAUAUGAAAGCUUAAACUUGUCUAAAUUUGAUUGUAUUUUAUGUUUUGAUGGUUUGAAGCUACCUAGAUGUUCCUGCUAUUUUUUUUUACGCUUAAAUAUUAUUAAUAGCACAGAACACUUGGCAGGUAGAUUUUAUAGAUUACUUCCUGACCAAACUUUUCCCCACAAAGAAGCGUUGAUUAUUUUUAAUGGAUUGGUAAAGUAAAACUUGUUCUUGCUUGAUUUAUAAAGUAGGUAUUUCAGUGUUCGUUUUAGCUGUCUGACAUCCCCACAGGUACUUGUGUGCUUAAUAUUCCUUACAGCAGAUGCCUUUUUCAUUACAUUGCUUUAAACAAUCAUUUUGAAGUUAAUAUGUUCUAUGAAUAAUAAGAUUUUUCUUCGACACCAUGUAUGUAUAUGACUGUGUUAAGCUGAACUUUAAAAAUCCUUGUAAUCUGACAGGUAGAUCUGUCAUGAAGGAUUUUUUUAGAUUUGUUUAUAAGAUUGUGUGCAAUAUGUGAAGAUCUGUUGGCUUUUUUUGAAGUCAGAAGACUGCAUUUGAAUGUUUGAUACUCCUGCCUCAGAACCAGUUAGAAGCCUGCUGUUGUGGUUGUGUGGUUCAACCCCCGAGCUGUCAAUGUAAUUGCUGUGUAGUAAGUGGAGUGCCAUCACAAAAGGACCAUAGGUCUCUCCCAAAAGUGGAAUACCUUCACAAAGGGACCAUAGUAUCUCUGCCACUUCUUACCACUGACUUAUUGAGCACCCCACUGCUGACAGGUUUAUGGGCAUUGGUCUGAGAGUAUAACCGUGAGUUCUCUUGGAGGUUUCUACCUUUGGCUGCGACACAGAAGACUCCCAGCAAAUGUCACUCUUUAAUGGAAAUGGUGGCAUUCUCAAGUACAUGCAGCCACUGCAUUGCUUGUGAAUGGACUUAAGCUAGUAUGUUUUUAAAUGUUACAUUGCAGUUCCUUGCACUGGUAUAUUCCUACUGAUAAAUAUUGUGCUAGUUGUAUUAGCUCUUUUAGGGGCAAGAACUGUAGCAGAACAGCACCAGCUCGUCUUGAUUUAUGAGAGUAAGAAUGGAAUGGGGACUUGAAUUUCCAGACUGUUUAAAUAUACAGAAAAGACUUCCUUGUCAGACAGAAGGUGGAUUAUUCUGCUGUUUUUUAUAGCAUCUGCAUAGCAGGGCUACACAGGAGGUUGGCUUUGGGCUAGAAUCAUUCCAUUUACUGGUACAUCUAAAGUAGAACACAUUUGUUUUCAAGGGCUUUUUUGUUUUAGGUUUUUGCAUUGUGGCCACAAUAUGUACCCCCAGUGGUCUGCUGGAUGCAUAAAAACAUUAUAUUGUUAAACCAUUGCUCAUUAGCCAAAACGUGUUCAGCAGUGGUCCUUUUUAAAGACGACGUUUAUGCAAUUGCUAUAGCUUGUGGCUUAGUGUAGUUUUGCACCAGACAUAUCAGUGCUCACAUUGUCUACCAGGCCCUGCUACAGCACAUAUAUCUAAAGUAAGCCACCGACUUGGUGCCAGAGAUUCGCUUUAUUAUUCAGUCAUCGAACCGUUAUUUUCACCAGAAAAGCAAGCACUUAAGUUAUUUAGAUUUGCUUCACCAUCUGGAAUCGAAAUCUGUUUUCUUUCAAGUUUGGCUUAUUGUUACCACAGUUAGUAUUAUUAUUACUACUGUGACAGCAGGCCUUCAGGUGGAACAUGUGUUUUUUUUUAAGUUCUGAAAAUUUGUUAUGCAUUAAGCACACUGAUGUAGCUUCUUCAGAGGUCACUUCAGCAGUAAAUCAUAACAUGUAGGUUUACUCACUUUUUUUUAUGUCCUCAAGAUCUUCUUUUUUCGGCUUUUUCCCAGUUAGGGGUCGUCACAGUGGAUCACCGUUCCGCUCAUGAUUGGCGGUGGAGUUUUACGUUGUCGAGUUGCCAUCCUGGCGCCCAACCUUCCACGGAUGGCGCACACAUGCAAGAUCUCACACCUAGGUCCAAUUUAGAGUAUCCUAUCCACUUACGGCAUGUCAUUGGUAUGUGGGAGGAAACCGGAGCACCCGGAGGAAACCCACACGACCACAGGGAGGACAUGCAGACUCCGCACAGAAGGCACCCCAGCCGAGGAUUGAACUGGAGAACCUCUUGCUGUGAGGCAGCAAUGCUAACCGCUGCACCACCGUGGCCACAUUCAAUUUUCUCUAGCUUCCUUGCAAGGAAUACUGCUGUCCUUUUGCCUGUAAAGGUACUGACAAGUUUGACACAAAACUUCCAUAUAUAUAUAUAGGCUAUCAUUGUCACAUUCUGUACUCAUUUCUUCUCAGUGUCUCUUUAGUGUUGAUUCCCUCAGUUUUACAUUAGAGAAUAUCAGCUUGAUACUGGCUCAUGCUAGCUAUUGGUGACAUUUUCAAUGGGAUUUCUUCAAAUAUAGGCAGAAAGCCUGCUCUGGAUGUUGGAGGAAAUAAGGUUAUGUCUUCUCCCCCUAAAUCCAGCACCAGGUAGCAUCGAAAGAAUACCUAACCAGUUUUAAGGCCUGUUAAUUAAGUGGGGUCCUUGCAGGAAAUGCAGAGAAAUCUAAAGAGGCAGCUUUAGCUACUUUGGUAAGAAGUCCAUGUUUUGCACUCGUUUUCUUAAAUAGUUGUUAGGAAAUAAUAUUUCCUAAGUUUUUUUAAAUAGUUGCAUAAAACAAUUAUUUUUGAGACUGAAACACCUAAAUUGUAUAUGUAAUAGCAUAAACAACCCAAAUGCUACAAGAAUAAGCUUUUAUUUUGGCAAAAAAUGAAAUUCUGUCCUUUGCACUGGUUGUACACUGGCCGUAUGUUUUAUCCUGCAAAAUCUCACCUUUCUACAAAAAAUCAUCCCACUUUGAGCAUUUGAAAAUGUGGCAACCCAACCCCCAGGGGUAGCCAGUACUGUUUGGGAUUGUACCUAAAUGUGAUUUACUGUUACUGAACUUCCCUCAAAGAAGGGGUUAGGUUUUUGAGUAGGGUUUUCCAUAGCAUUAUCUCUCCCCCUACCUCAUUCUGGGACUUGUGUAUAAUUGCUGUUAUUAUUUUUGCUGUAUACAAAAUGUUUCUUACUUGUUGAGUCGGUUUUCUUUCAAGCAUUUUGUUUGGUUCAGCAUUGGGCGCUCUAUCACAAGUACACUUCCAUGCAGAGCUUUUGGGCUUGAAGAACUGAAGACAAAAACAUGCGAAAGUUAGCUUGGUAGCUUGGUAUGGGAGUUACACUUCCUGAGUUAUUCACAAGACCAGCAUUUGUCUUCUCAGGGAAACUAGGGACAGCUGAAGAAUAUUCCCAGGACAUGGAAGGUGGAAAGUGGGUAAAUUCAAUUGUUAUGAUUAUUGUUAAAAUUAAUCUUCCUUGAAAGUAUACUCUUCUAGUAUGUACCUUAUGCAGCUGUAUUGUACUUCUGUUUGUUGCCCUUUAACAUUAUUUCCUCUUUGCCUGUUGGAUGUAGUUGAUGUUGCUUAUGGUAAAUGGGGUGGAUAUUUUGCAGAAUUCUCCAUUAACUUUACACAGUUUCCCUUUAUUUCCAUCAACACCUACAGUAAACCCUUGUUGUAUGGUGCACACUGAACUUUGCAAGCAGUCAAGGCCUCAGCUACAGUAGGGGCAUUUAAAGUUGUACUGAAUCUUCCUCAACUGUCCAGAUUAUUGCUUCAUAUUUUUGGUCUGUUCCUCAUAAAAUUUCUGGUAUUUUGGCAAAUCACGAGUAUUGACAUCACUAAACAAUGACAUACAUUUGAGUUUCAUGCUUUAGAUAUUUCAGAAAAUGCAUGCUAAUACAAAUCCUGUUAUUCUAUCAACUUUAUAAGUUUAUAAGAAUUACACUAUUGCUUGGAAUGUGAUUAAGACUUUUGGUCUCCUUUCUUACCUUGGUGCUUUAGAGCUGUACCUUUUGAGACGUCACCUUUUGGCCUUCCUUUGGCUCUGGCCUCACAGGCAGUUUUUUUUUUUAUCACUGCUUUACCAGUUACCCUUUAUAGAGGAGUAUUUAGUCAUAUCUGAUAAAUGCAUACUCUUCAUACUUGUUAAUCUGUGAGAAGGUCUUCAAAUAAAAAGGAGCUUAUUACCUUCCUUUCACCUAGGUAGCCCUUCCAUCCAGUGUCUGCAGUAGGACUUUCUUUUGAGUCAAGCAGUUUGUUAUGUAUAUAAGUUUUUGUGCCAUUCAGGCAGUACUUAAUUCAUGCAGGGGUAGGCAGGGAUUGAAUUAACAAUAUAAGGGUUUAGCAUUCCCUAAUGGCCUGGUACAUGAUGUUGAGAUGUGCUAUGGCAGGAGGUUUACAUGGCCACAUGAGUAGAACCUGGAUGUUUUAGAAUUAUGCCAAAGAUGGAAUCCCAGCAAUUACCCAGUACUGAGAGCCUUCUGUAGAUCAGCAGAGCUGAUGAAUUACACAGCUCUUAUUGUUUGGUUCUCAGGUAAUUUGGCGCUGAAGAAGAAAUGCCUAUAAUAAGAUUUAGGAUUUCUGGGAUGGGAAUAAGUUUGGGGUGUGGGGAAUGAUUUGACAGUAGCCUUUAGUAGAAUGUAUGCAAUAUGUUUCUGAUAGUACAAUGGAAAGAUUUGACAUAAAGGGCAGGAAAGGGGGAGUUGCAGUCAUUAUUCAUGUGUUUAUAGAGCAGUUGUGAUAAUGGAUAUUUGCAGUAAAAUACAUGCUUUUGUGUUUCACAUUUCUAAUGUUUUUCAAGUUUUGUAUCCAUACCUCCCAACCUCUUACAGCAAGAAAUCUUGACAAUGCCCUAAAUAAUGAGGGAGAAAGGCCCAUAAAUUAGGACACUUCACAAACUUAGGAAGUUGAUAGAAUAACAUGUUUUGUAUUACCAUGAUUUUACUGAAUGAUAUGAAGUCUGAAACUCAAAUGUCUGCCAUUAUUUUCUGACUUCAGUGCUCAGUGAUUUGCCAGUGAUUUACUAGAAAACCACAAUUUUAAGAGAAACAGAUGAAAAAUCUGAGGGAAAAAUCUGGACAUUCUGCAAAAAUCUGAACAGUUGAGAGGUAUGGUUGUAUGCUGUAAGUGGACAUCGUUAAAAUAGGUGCUAGAGGUGGUUUUAAAACAUGGCCACUGAAAAGCAAAAAAAAUAAUGAAUUGUUGGAAGAUAAAAGAGAAGCUUAGACAGGUGUUUACUUAUGAUGGCUAUAUAUGAUCAGAUUUGACAUUCUGCAGUAGAAAAUGAAUACAAGGUUCUCUUUUCCUUUCAUGUAAAAUAAAACUGGCCUGUGCUAUUUAUAUAGCAUGAAGUUUAGUAGCUUCUGUAGACAUUAGAAAGAUCUAUUUGGUAUGAAGACCCAUAUACUUGACUGCAGAGUGCACAAUGACUUGGAACAAAUUGCUUAAACAUUCAGUUAUUGUUGUUAGCUAACCACCUUAUGGAAAAAACUGUUGUCAUUUCCAUUUAUGCAUAGGUAUACAUCACUAUGAAGAUCUGGAUUAUUGGCGGUCACUGACACAAGUAGAAUGUAUGCUGAAAAUAAUCCAGAAAAACAUACCUGUCUUGCAUAAUGUUUAAUAAGCAAAGUAUGUAAAUGAAGUAGUUGACACUGGUAAUACAUACAAAGGAAAUGAAAGAAAAGCAAGUCAGUGCUUUGUUUUCCUGCUUUAUUUUAAAUAAAAUUUAAAUGAGAUAGGUGCUUGUUAAAUGCAAUUGAAAGCAUAUGUGUAAAUAUUGUAGACAAAAGCUGAUUUCUUUGUGUUAUCUUAAAGUAAUGCCACCAGUGUUGUGUGGGAAGGAUAGAUAUUACCAACCUUUAAUUUAUUGACAUUUUCUGUGUAGUAAUAAUGAUAAAAUAAUAACAUGAAUAAACUAAAUUAUUUUAAAA